GGUCUUCCGGAUCACUUCCGUGUUGUUACAUUUGAAACUCUUCUCCCCCGAAACGAACGAUUUUUCGUCCGUUUACGGAGAAAAUACUGCCUGAAACGCGCGCUUGAACGGAGCCGAGAUGGCCGCCGGCGGGCGGACAGUUUGGUCGUGUCGCAGCGGAUGAACGAGCCGACGGAGCUGGCGGCGCUCCAUCAUGGAGAGGCUGGUGUCUGGACUCGCAGACAGACGCGUCCUCUUCGUGUCUUCGCUCGUGCUGCGGCUGGUCCUGGUCCUCUAUGGAGACUACCAGGACAGGACCAUGGAGGUCAAGUACACCGACAUCGACUAUCAUGUGUUCACGGACGCUGCGAGGUUCAUCACACAGGGUGAGUCUCCAUACAACAGGUCGACCUAUCGCUACACCCCUCUUCUGGCCUGGAUUCUCACGCCCAACGUCUACCUCAGCAUGAUGUUUGGCAAGAUCCUGUUUGUGUUAUGUGACGUGCUCUCAGGAGUGAUCAUCUGGGGAAGCCUCUGCCUGCGAGGUCUCCGCUCUGAGACUGCGAGCUGGAUAUCUGCUCUGUGGCUUCUCAACCCACUGCCGAUGGGAGUAUCCAGCCGAGGAAACGCAGAGUCCAUCCUGGCAGCUCUGGUCCUUGGGACAUUGUACUGUAUAGAAGCCCAGCAUCUUUUGUGGGCAGCCAUGCUUUAUGGACUUUCAGUUCACAUGAAGAUCUACCCCAUCACAUAUGCUUUGCCCAUUGCUCUGGCUUUGCGCACAAGACAAAUGACGGCAGAAAAGGACCCAGGCAGUUGUUGGUGGAAGAAACUUAUUGACUUCAUUCGAAGUUUUGUCAACAGAGAGCUGCUCCUCUUUGCAUGUGUGGCUGGAGGACUUUUUACUGCACUCACCGCACUCUUCUACUACAUGUACGGUUGGCAGUUUCUUCACGAGACUUAUUUGUAUCAUGUGACCAGAAGAGACAUCAGACACAACUUCUCGCCAUACUUUUAUAUGCUCUACCUCACUGCAGACAGCAGGUGGAGCCAGUGGCUGGGACUGGCAGCCUUCCUGCCUCAGGUCGUCCUGCUGCUGGUGGCUUCCUGGGCCUUCCACCCCGACCUCUCCUUCGCCUGUUUCCUCAACACGGCCAUCUUCGUCUCUUUCAACAAAGUCUGCACGUCGCAGUACUUCCUGUGGUACCUCUGCCUGCUCCCUCUCGUCAUCCCUCAGCUGAGUCUGUCAGUGAAACAGGGCUUAGGACUGCUGCUCCUUUGGUUCACCGGACAGGGUAUCUGGUUGCUCCCGGCCUACUUCCUGGAGUUUGAAGGCUACAACACCUUUGUGUUGAUCUGGCUGGCAGGUCUGCUCUUCCUGCUGAUCAACAGCUUCGUUUUGAUCCAGAUUAUAGCCCAUUACAAACCAGCAGGACGAGCACCGAGACUGAAGGCUGAGUGACUGAAUCACUGAAGAUUUUCUUUUACUUUUCUACUUUACACCAAAAAGCAUUUUUUAAUUCUCGUUUCCCCCCUUUUUUAAUUACAUUCUCAUUUAACUGAAGUCAUUUUAGAACAAAACGGUUAAAGGGUGCAAUUUUCUCAGCGGAAAAGCCUCAGUUUGAUUCUCAGUUAUUGUGAGUUAAACCCAGGGAUUAAGUGCUUGCCUUUGCGGGUCGAGACGCUUCAAUCCAGUGACUCACACAGGGGAGAAAACUGCUAUUCCACGGCUUUUUAAGUCUUCAAAGUCCGCUCCACCCGUGGCCAAGUCACACACAGCAAACAAAGCAGAUGUGUUUUGUUUGCCGUCAGGAGCAGAAUACCUGAUGGAAUCAGAAAUCUCACAACAUAUCUGAGAUUCUGAAGCAUUUUUGGUGACGUCUUCCCCUCAUUGAUAAGAUUUUGUUCCUCGUUCCAAACUGACAAGUGACUGAUAAUGUUUUCAUUCACGUUCAUCAUUCACAGGAGGGAUUAGGACUGGCCAUCCGGAUUAGACCCAAGCAAUGGAAAUGUAGGCCGUCCUAAUCACGUCCACAUAUUCUCUCAUUGUCCAGGAAAAUGAAAAUAAACUAAUGAUACUGUAUUAAUCCCCUUGGGGAAAUUCUUUUUUUUCCCUGCAUUUACCAAUCCUAUUUGUAUGAUGUGGGGGGCUGAUGAGGGUCAAGGGUCAUGGUCAGGGACCCAGAGUGUUGACACACCAGCUGGAAUUCAGACCGGAGAACUCCUGAUCCUGGGCCGAUCUUUUUUUUAACCCGGAUGCUUUUAAACAUCAAUUUCCAUCAACUUAUUAGUAGAAAU